CACAUGGGGGUGCGGGUGUGCAGGUGCCAAGCGCCAUGGGUUAGGCCCGAGAUCGGAGUCCGGCCGCCCCCCGACAGCAGCCGCCUCCUGCUCCCCCCGCGCCCCAUGCGCCACCAUGUCGGGCGACAAACUCCUGAGCGAACUCGGCUAUAAGCUGGGCCGCACGAUCGGAGAGGGCAGUUACUCCAAGGUGAAGGUGGCCACGUCCAAAAAGUACAAAGGUACGGUGGCCAUCAAGGUAGUGGACCGGCGGCGUGCGCCGCCGGACUUUGUCAACAAGUUCCUGCCGCGUGAGCUGUCCAUCCUGCGGGGCGUGCGGCACCCGCACAUUGUGCACGUCUUCGAGUUCAUCGAGGUGUGCAAUGGGAAGCUGUACAUCGUGAUGGAAGCCGCCGCCACCGACCUGCUGCAGGCGGUGCAGCGCAAUGGGCGCAUUCCCGGGGCGCAGGCGCGCGAUCUCUUCGCGCAGAUAGCCGGCGCGGUGCGCUACCUGCACGAUCAUCAUCUGGUGCACCGCGACCUUAAGUGCGAAAACGUUCUGCUGAGCCCUGACGAGCGCCGCGUCAAGCUCACUGACUUUGGCUUUGGCCGCCAAGCGCAUGGCUACCCAGACUUGAGCACCACCUACUGUGGCUCAGCCGCCUACGCAUCACCCGAGGUGCUCCUGGGCAUCCCCUACGAUCCCAAGAAGUAUGACGUGUGGAGCUUGGGCGUCGUGCUCUACGUCAUGGUCACCGGGUGCAUGCCGUUCGACGACUCGGACAUCGCCGGCCUGCCCCGGCGCCAGAAGCGUGGCGUCCUCUACCCCGACGGCUUAGAGCUCUCUGAGCGCUGCAAGGCCCUGAUCGCCGAGCUGUUGCAGUUUAGCCCGUCGGCCAGGCCCUCUGCAGGCCAGGUAACACGCAACAGCUGGCUCCGAGGGGGAGACUCCGGCUAG